CGAUCACAUUAGUUAGUCAGUUGAACGCAUUGAUUGUUUGCUGGUCUGGAGUUUUCGGAGACUUUUUAAAAAAGGCGUAGAGCGUCGCGUUUAAGUUUUCAAGAAUCUUCACAAGUUGUACAAGCAAAGAGUUACAGUCGACAUACUCAUAAAAUGCAGUCAUUCCAGUCAGUGCCAGAACCAACCAAAUUGAAUAAGUCAACGUUUCUCUUGACGUGCUCCAUUAUCAAUAUUUUUCUUUUCCCGAUAUGUGUUGGCCUAGAGAUAGCGCAUCCGUUCGUCUACCAAGGAUUAUGGGGAUCAAGCACGUUUUUUAUAGCCGGAUUAGUCGGCUUCAGCACUUCAUACACGCCGAAAAGAUCUCUACUCUUCACGACCCUGGUUUUUUCUUCUAUAUCUAUAGUUUUUACUACAGUUUCUUGCAUAUUAUCUGGAUUUGGCUAUUUUAUUGGCUACCGGGACUGUAUUUACGUUCGGAAUGACAUCUAUCACUACAAUGAAUAUGUUUGUGGUGAACAUUACUACUCGGAAACCCAGAUGGUCUUGUUGGUUGUCGAAUUCCUUGCCGGGAUCAGCAAUCUUAUUAUCACGAUUUGGUGUAGCAAACAAAUCUGCAAUUGUUGCAAGCGAGUUGACUCGUCAAUUCCUAUCGUAGUUCACAAUCCGCAGCAACCGACGCCAGUGUGGAUCGUUUCACCAACUGGGCAGCAGCAACAAUUGCAGUAUUCAUACUCAACAGUAGUCUACUCGCCACCUCAACAGCAACCAUCAAUGCAACAAGAGCAGCAUCCAGCCGAAUAUCACACAACCCAAACCGAUCCAGCUCCUCCGCCACCUUAUUCGGCUGUGGAUACAUUGGAACCGGAGCAGAAAAAAGAAAACGUCUGAUUGCGCAAUUAGUACUGCAAAUAAAAAUCGAUACUUAAUUAAAAAUAAUACAUAAUUAAAAUUAA